GUUACAAAAAUAAACAUGGAUUUCAGCAGAAACUAAAUUUUUGCCAGUUUUGUGAAAUUUGAAAGGUCAUACGGCUUUAAUAUUGUGGUGAAAGAAAGAAAAGAAGGAAAGAGUUACCAUAAUGUUUCUUUUGGUUAUGUGCGAAAAAAAAAAAAAAAAAUUCAAACAAACACACGAAAACUUGACGUCCAUAUAUUUUCAAUAUUAUAUGAAAAACUUUAAACAAACUUUGGAAACUUAGAGAAAACCUCCACAAUGUUAAAAAAAAAAUCACCAUCAGACAUGGUGGCUGAUGCUGCCACUGAGCGAACAGAGAAAGCAGUUGUGUGCGUGAAGUUCUUCCCAUACUGCAGCACAGUAAGAGUUUCCAGCGGUGCUGCCGGGAGGCCCGCGAGCUCGGCUGCUCUCUGGAUCAGUUUCCAUGACUCAAAGGGAUAUCCCACGCUGCCUCCAGCCUCCCCUCCCCUCCAGUUCCUCUCUGUCACUCCCUUCUUUCUCAGCUUGCCACUUCAUUCCUACUUCAGACCAAACUGGAAGGACACGUGUCCUGUUAUAACAUGGAGCCUGACUGGAUUUUAACUUGUCUCUGACCUGAGAGCGCUGAAGGAGAAGAUCGAGCUAAAAACAGCAGGGACAUCCAUGUGUCACAGGCAGUUGUGGACAACUCAGUGGACAUGGACGACUUCAACAGGAACGUGCCUGAGUGCAAACGACAAACCCACCAGGUGUUACAGAGCACUCAGCUUGAUCUGACUGAAACAGGAAAUGGGCUGAAAUUCCAAGCAGAGCGCCCCCAUCUGGUGAGCCUGGGUAGUGGUCGUCUGAGCACAGCCAUCACCCUGCUGCCUCUGCCUGAAGGACGGACCACACUGGGUCAUGGUCCCAUGGACAUAAGUAUCCAGGGCCCUGGAGUGGCUGCCCAGCACUGUUACAUAGAGAACAGGUCAGGGGUCAUCACUCUGCACCCCUGUGGGAACCACUGUGCUGUUGACGGGCUCCAGGUCACUCAGCCCGUCCGCCUGUCACAAGGCUGUAUGCUGUGUUUUGGACAAUCAUCCUUUUUCCGCUUCAACCACCCUGAGGAAGCCUUCAGGAUGAAGAGUAUGAUGCCUCAUGGAGGAGGAGGCCCCACCGGGGAAUACAGACUAUAUACAGAAAGCGUGGUCAAUGGAAAUCACCAGAACAGCCCAGCCCCAUCUCUCCCAGGCCCUGGAGAGAGAGUCCAGUCUGAGCACAGUGCAAUUGUCAGCUCCAUUGAAAAAGACCUCCAGGACAUUAUGGACUCUCUAGUCAUGGAUGAGCUCCAGUCUGCUUCCUCAGAGGCUAAAAAGCCUCCUGAGAACCAACCCACCCUCAAUUCCCCCCUUUCUCCUCUGGUCAAUGGAGGCGGCCGUUAUCUGCUCUCUCCUCCUACCAGCCCAGGGGCCAUGUCUGUGGGGUCUAGCUAUGAGAAUGCAUCCCCUCCCUUCUCUCCCCUGUCCUCACCUUCAGCAGCCAGCAGUGGGAGCUUUACCAGUCCUUCCCCUAGUGGAGGACCCCAGGACCUAAAAUCUUCUCUGCCACCAGUGCCUGUACGUUCCUCCAGCUACAACUUCUCCACUCAGCCUCCACCUGUACCUCAGCCACGGACCAUACUGCCUAAUUUCAGCAGUGGUGGGUUAGGCCAAAACAUUCAAGAAAGCCCCAAGCUGCAGCGGAAGAUCUUAGGAGAGGCUCCUCCAAGCCCCAAACCAAGCCGCAGAGGACUAAGCCAAGAUGGGUCUGAGAGUUUUCGACCGACCCAUCUUCUGUCCCCUAAUGAAUCUUUCAGCAGUAGGAACAUUGUGCCAAGUAGCCCCAGGCUGACUUCAAAAUUCCCUACUUGUUCAUCACCGUCUCCUUCCAGUCCCAGGACCAAGGCAGCCACGGUGCUCCAAGAAAGGCCUGCCAGCCCCUUCAGAGAGCAGAACAACUUAUGUGAUCACUCGCUUACUUCCAGUCCCUCCAGGCAACUUUGCCAAACCUCUAGAGCCUUCCAGCCUCCUCUAGAUCCCAUUGUCCACAUUAUCCAGGGCUCUCCACUUCAGCACCACCAGCAGCAUCCACGCUCACUACAGCCACCUGAAAGCCCUCGCAUGUCCACGAGAAAUGUAGAAGUAAAUGGAGGAAGCAGCAGUAUGAGAGAGCUGCCUCCUCUCAGCCCCUCUAUGGCCCGGAGAGGGGUCCCAUUACUCCCAGGGGCACUUCCAGGGUCAUUUCACACCUUCAGGACUCCAGAUAGCCCAUCAAGUUUGGGUAAGCCAGUUUCGGAGAGUCCAAGGCUCAGACGCAAGGCUGGAUCCUCAUCAGAGGAGCUGAAUUGCAGCAAGGGUAUCCGAGCCCGGAGUCCCUCGCCUAUAUCUCUGAUGAUGGAAAGUGGUAGUGGUGCUGGUACAGGGGUACGGAAGGUGAGCAUUGGAAACUCCUUGUCCCCUGCAUACAGUCUGGGCUCUCUUCCUGGCUCAUCCCCUGCGUCCAGCCCGAGAAGUCAAAGAAAGCUGUCUACCGGACCUCGGGAGGUGGCAAGACCCCACCCAGGCAUGAGAGAGAGGAAGAAUAGUAUCACUGAGAUCAGCGACAAUGAGGAUGAGCUACUGGAGUACCACCGGCGCCAGCGAGAGGAGAGGCUUCUGGAGCAGGAAAUGGAGAAGCUGGAGAGACAGCGGCUAGAGACCAUCCUAAACCUCUGUGCUGAAUACAACAAAGGAGAAAGUGCUGGUCCUGACCCUCUGAGCUCAGGGAGGAUCGGUUUCCCUGGUGGACUGGUGGAUGCAUCUGGGCUUAAACCAUCCACAGACAACAUUUUAGUAGGGGCUCCAUUUUCUGCCACACUACGACAAGCACAGAGACAGAGGGAGAGUGAUGAAGAGAACCUGAAGGAGGAAUGUAGUAGUACAGAGAGCACUCAUCAGGAGGUGAGAACAUCUCCUGCUCCAAGCACAGCAUCAGCACUGCACAAUGGAGACAGACAGCUUGAGGACUUGUCCAGUUCAGGCAGUGCUGGUCGUCUGGAGCUUAGUUACCUGGAGGAUGAACGUGUUCACAUCCUGACACGCAUCGAUGAACUCAAAAGCCGACUAACAGAGCUGGAGCAGCAGCUUCAGGAGUCCAAACAAGAGGCAGAGAUGGAGCGUGCCUUGCUGCAGGGUGAAAAGCAAGCAGAGCUCGACCAGAUAGAAGCAGAAUCUGACAUCAUUGCACAACUGCAACACAAGCUGGAUGAGCUGGAGAGAGCCAUCCAGAGGGAGAAAGACAAGGAGAGGGCUAAUGUUGAGGCUGAGCGCCGGGCCCUGCAGAGCCUCCAGGAGGGCUACGCUGAGCUGAAGAACCAGCUUCAUAACUGUCCCGAGUCUGUACGGGAACAGUUGCAGGAACAACUCAAAAGGGAUGGAGAAGCACUGGAAGCAGAAACCAAAAAGUUUGAGGAUCUGGAGUUUCAACAGCUGGAGAGAGAAAGCAGCCUGGAGGAGGAAAGAGAAACCAUCAGCCAACAGCUGCAACAAGAAAGGGCAGAGUACCAUGGCAGCGUGGCCAAGAGAAAGGAAAAGGUGUCUGCUCUGGAGAACCAGGCCACCCAGCUCAGCCUGCAGGCAUCCCAGGAUUGUGAGCGUCUCGCCAAAGACAAGACCCUCACAGUGCAAAUGCUCCAAAAGGAGAAAGAGAGACUGUCUGCACUGGAGAAGAGGUACCACAGUCUGACCGGAGGCAAGAACUUCCCCAAAUCAUCCACUGCACUGAGAGAGAAAAUGCGGCAUAUCAACAAGACCGGCUUGUUAGAGGACAUCCACUCCUCCCAGCAUUCCCUCUGUCGAGGCUCUCCUUCCUACUUGCCUCCCUGCCCCCCCUGUCACUUGCACCCCAGCAGCCCUACAGAGGACUAUGUGACUGUCGGCCAGUUAAGUCAGAUGUAUGGAAUGCCAAAGGUGGAGUUGUCUCCUACCUCCCUGCUUCGCCAGCCGCUGCAGUCUGGAGCAGUAGAUCCCGCCUUCUCCUGCCUCCCCUCUCCUCAUGGCUCCUCCCCCUCUCUGUCUGUGGAGUACCAGUCUGAGGGCAGUAGGUCUCACCUCCACAGGCUAGAUUUAGAGCAGUGGUACCAGGAGCUGAUGGCUGCGGGACACUGCAGCCAGCUCUGCCCUCCCUCCCUUCCAGCCAAGUCAUUGUCCAGCCGCAGGCCUGUACUGCAGGUUUUUCGCUCAAAGCUGGACAGUGAUUCAGGACAAUCGCUUCAUCAUCCUAAAUCAGGCUCUAUAUCGCCUCUGCAGCAUGGAGCAGCAACACUGGGACGCAACACAAGCUCCAAGAGCCCCAUGCUGGCAGCCAGCUCCACUGGUAGCCUUCCCAGAAAUCUGGCAGCCACCUUGCAGGACAUUGAGACCAAGCGACAGCUCGCUCUGCAGCAGAAAGGUCAGCAGGUGAUUGAAGAGCAGCGACGCCGUCUGGCCGAGCUCAAACAGAGAGCUGCAGCGGAGGCUCAGUGCCAGUGGGAGGCGCUCCACGGCUCCCAACCCCAUCUCAUCACCUCAUCCUCUCCCUCCUACUCUCCUGUGGUGGCCUACAGCCCUGGUCUGAGCCACAGCUCUGUCGGACCCCCUCUGGUGCACCACUCCAUCCUGCACCACCAACCACCAUCAGCAGGGGAGCAACCCUACGACACUCUGAGCCUGGAGAGCUCCGACAGCAUGGACACUAGCGUGUCUACCGGAAACAACUCGGCCUGCUCGCCUGACAACAUGUCCAGUGUGGGUGGAGUGGACGCCCUGAAGAUUGAAGAGAUGGAGAAAAUGCUGAAGGAGGCACAGCUGGAGAAAGCCAGACUUAUUGAGUGUCGGGAACGGGAGAGCCUCGCUCGUCGUCAGAUGUUAGAGGAGGAGAGGAGAAGACGGGAGGAGGCGGAGAAAAGGCUGCUGGAUGAAACCUUCCACCGACAGCAGCUUGUGGAGAAGGAGGUCAAGAUGAGGGCCAAAAUCUUCUCUCAGGCUCGUCCAAUGACUCGCUACCUGCCCAUCCGCAAAGAGGAGUUUGACCUGCGCUCCCACAUUGAGUCGUCGGGCCACAGCGUGGAGACUUGCUACCAUGUCAUCCUGACUGAGAAGAUGUGUAAGGGCUACCUUGUCAAGAUGGGAGGCAAGAUCAAGUCAUGGAAGAAACGCUGGUUUGUUUUUGACCGCCUCAAACGGACCUUCUCCUACUAUGUUGACAAACAUGAGACCAAGCUGAAGGGAGUGAUCUACUUCCAGGCAACAGAAGAGGUUUAUUACGAUCACUUGCGCAGCGCCACAAAGAUGAGAUUUUUCAACUUGAAUUUGACCAGUAGCCCAAACCCCUCCCUGACGUUCUGUGUCAAGACCCACGACCGGCUCUACUACAUGGUCGCCCCUUCAGCGGAAGCCAUGAGGAUCUGGAUGGAUGUUAUUGUGACUGGUGCUGAAGGAUACACGCAGUUCAUGAACUGAAAGAUGUUGGUGACAGACGGUUUUCGGCAGGGACUCUCCCAUCAGACACCGCCGGCUCUUCCUUCCUCUUGAGCCAUGGAGGAGGAAAUGCCGUGUUAUAGUCAUCAUGCAUUUUUUAUCACACACAUUUCCUUCACACAAAUUGCAUUUGGAUUGAAAAAGGGAGGCCUCGGUUGGACACACCCAUACACGCAUGUAUAUAAACCAAAUACCUGUCAGACACGUUAAAAUGCCUGUUUUGCCAAAUGGAGAUCCUGUAUGUUUUUGUAUCGUUUCUUUUUUUUAUUUUUACUUAUUAUUGAAAAAAUUGCCAAAUGACGUAAUGCAAAUGUUUGAGUUUUCCAUCAUGAUUUUUCUGAUUUUAGACAAAAAAGAUUUAAAGAAAUCUUUGAUGAAAGGGUGUAAUCUUUUAUAAAUUAAUUUGAAUGAAUCUUAUUCAAAUGUGUAAAUCUGUGUGAAAUAACAGAAAUGAGGCAGACUACAGAGGAAAAUCUGUUACAGCGAAACACCUUCAUCCAACACUACAAACCUCUGCUGUUCUGAAGAUGAGUAUGAAACAGUUUAAAAAAGUACUCCUGGUAAUGUUAUUCCUGGAAGUGACUGGAGAUAUUUGUUUAGGCUGUGACUGGUGCAGCUCAGGAGUUCAGUCUGCAGGUCAAACUACUCUUUGACCAACAUGAGGUUUAGACAACACACACACAGAUAUUAAAUAAAUGACCGCUUUUAACUUGUAAACAUUUUAUUCUAUUUUAUUUUUGGCUGAAUAAUUUCUAUGUAUUUCCAGUCUUUCUGCUGAGCAAAACAUCACUGAGUGAAAGAAAGAUAAAUUAUUUAUUCAUUUGUCUUCUACACUUGUGGUAUUUCCUGGUAGUUUUCAUUUAAAGUAACUGCUAACUAGUUUCUGUCCUUACAUUGUGUGAACUGGUUUAUUUAGUUUGUUUGGCUUCUGACUUUCCAUCGCAUCAUUGUGGACUGUAACAUGAAUUUUAAAAGUUUGAUUGAUUUAGGUUGGAAAGUAAACUUCAGUGAGGACUUUUCCUAAUAAUUAAAUUAAGUUUUAUUCGUCAUAAUUAAACCUGCAGGAUUUUCAUUUUCAAAAAGCUGGCUGAUCAGAUUAAUAAAUUGAAAUAAGUCCUGAAUUUGUGGUUGAUGCAAUAAAGUAAUUAAAAUGUGAGCUUGCUCACAUUCUUUAGCGCCCCAACUUUUACAUAUGUCACACAAGUCCAAAAUGAGCCUUUUCCAGCCCAGUUUGUGUUUACAGAUUGGUAUGUUUCCACAUUCAUAGAUGUUGGAGUGUAAGGAUUGUUAACAAUCACCUUCAAACAUAUUUAACUGUUUUUAAAAGUUUAUUAAAAGCUUUUUGUUGUUUUUUUUUUUUCCACACAAAGCCUUUAAACUAACCCUUAUAUUGGUCAAACCGUAGCACAUACCAUCUCAGUGAACUUUACAACAGUUGUAUGUAUGUGUUUGCUGUUAUGCAGAUGACGUGCACGUGUACAAAGGUUGUUUUUUUUUGCCAAGUAGCCGUGAGCUUACUUGAUGACUACACAGCUGAAGAGCAGCCAUCAUCACUGCCAACCUACAGUAACAACCACUAGAGGGCGCUACAAAUACAAAAUCCCACAGGAUGGACAACAUGGACUAACACAACUCAGAACUGUGCCUUGACCUUGUGUCACUGAUAUCUGUGAGUCCAGCACAUCCUCCCUGGGAGCUUCUGAAUAAAAAAGUCACUUUAUUUUUACUCAGUUCUGAUGUAAUAUGGGGACACAUUUGUAGGCUGCACUGUGGGAUCAUCUAUCCGUAGUGUCCUUACAGGCAAAAAUUGAAGUGCAUUUGUCUGCUUUCAUAUACAUUCAUAGCUUAAAUUUUUAAGAGAAUUCCUGGUUUUCCACUUCUGAUGUGGCAUAUUUGACUGUUGGCAGGCAGCAUUAAAGAAAAUGCUAACCAUGGUUACCAUUGACGUGAAUUCAGAGAUUAGUGUUAACAUAUGUGGCCAUGGGAACAAUAGAAAACACAAAUAGUUGGCAGUUGACACUAAGUUUUAGGGACACAUUUCUCACAGUCAAUAGUGUGACUACAAAUGAUAACAUCUAUUGGUUAAUGUAUAUGGCUGAAUACGCCAGCGCUACUUGUGGUUAGCAUUUUAUAGUAUGCCAAAUGCUACAUUUCAGCACUUAUGUUGGAUAUAAAUGUCUGUUUGAAAUCUGUUAAUUCCUGGAAAAAUUUCACCUCUGUCAUUGUAAUAUUUAUUACCCUGAAAGCUUCUUAGGAAUAGUCCUUGAGCGAGUGUCCCCAGAUAGUUAACUCUUUGAGCAGAUCAGUCAAAAAUCAAGGUUGUCAAAAUUAUAGUCUACAAAAACUACAUUUUCCAGGAUGUGUACGUAACAAAUAGGGCUUGAGAGACAAUAUAACACUGAUAUCAAUCAAAGCAUCACUUAUCAAAUGGAAUGCAUAAAGUUAUGAUGAGAGUAUUAUGGCCACACGCAGGGUAUGCAUCAACCGUCGAUGCUUUUUUGUUGCGAAAAAUUACUGGUUCACUGUCAAUGUUCAACGCAAUCACAUUCUGAGUGUGCACAUACAUCAUUACGUUAGGCUUAACAUGUGCACCCAUUGCCGCCACAAUAACGUGCUUUCAUUGUGAAGUACAUUCAGGAAGUCGUGAAUUAGUUGUAUAUCCUUAGUGUUAGCUAUUUAAAAUUAGCCUUGAUCAUCUAGUCUCUUUCACAUUUCCACCUUUUAAAGAGAGUUGCUUAUUUCCUUCUUAACAUGACAUUGCUCACUGAUUGGCUAAGAAUUCCUACAUCACUACUGUAUUUACAUCAUCAUCAUGACUUAGUUGCCCAGCCAGAACGGUGUUGAAGGAGAAAGUGAUUUUGGAUGUUCAUAAAGCAAGACUCCAUCACAAAGUACCAUACGAUUGAAAAUAAAAACAAUAAAAAUGCGAACAGCCUUUAAGCUUUUGUCAUGCAAAAAGUGCGUCCUCUGAUGGUCACAGUCAGAAAGCACGUGUGUCAUCAGUCCAUUUUAGCCUCCUGUGGAGAAGGUUUGACAGAUUGGAGUCAAGUCCAAUGUAAAAUGUGCCUCCGUCUGCGUCUUUAUCUGGACCGACUCCACGUCUUAACAGCUUGUGUUCCAAACCAGGAAUGACCUUUGAGUAAGAUAGUUGUGACUAAUCCUACAGAUGUUGGCAGAAGUAAAUAUUGACAGGUUACCACUUAAAAAGUUUUUUUUUUUUUAUUGGUACUAAACAGGCAGUGCUCAUUCGUGCUACUUUUUUUGUAAUUACUUUGGAGGAGGGAGUAAUUUCUAGAAGAAGAAAAGUUAUUUUUCAAAACCUGAGAUCUGGAUUACUUAACAGGAGCUUCACCUCACUGCAAAAUACCCAUUUAUGAUAACAACCUAUCAAACUAUAGUUAUAGUACAAGUGACAGGACCUUAAAGACAAAUGCUUUGUUUUCACAAGCUGCGUUUGGGUACAAUGUGGAUAUUAGGACACUGCAUGGCCUGUAUUUCCUCUGUCACAGUGACAAAUCAAUAGCCACGUGUGUAAUAAAUCCACUCCAGCAUCAUGCUGACACACAUCAGGUAAUUACAAAAACAAGCACCUCGUCCUCACUGUGACCUGCAUGCAUGCAAUCUGGAGACUGGAGCUUUAAAAGACUGUAAGUGCCCGGCCUCACUGGGUGUCUUUAAUCCUUCAUCGCUGCGUUGUAAAUUUGAGUGGAUACGGUUUUCACAGAGUGUAACGCUCGCUGUGAUUUUGGAGCAUGUGGAACUGUUGUUGGUGAAAUAAUGCUAAUUUAUGGUUGUGGUGCCUGAGGUAGUUAUGUGUUACUUAUUCAAGUGGAAAAAAAAAAAAUGUUUAAUAUAUUCUGCUCCCUUCGCCUUUAGUUUCCCUGCACAGAUAACGUGUGCAAACCAAACUGUUCAACAUGGGGAAGGCUGUUAAAAUCCUGUCUGUUGAGAGUCAGUAGUAUAGACGUUACUGUCACUGUGUUUGUUGAAAAGACUAAAUGUACUGUAAAGAUGCCUGAAUGAAAAUACACUAUUCGAAUGGAACAGUAUUGUAUGAGAAGUACAGUUUUUACUUAUUUUUAUUAUUUAGAGAAUUUGUCAGGUACAUUGCAAAUUGUAUAAUCAUGUGUUCAUAUGAUUUCUUUUUGUACUGGUACAGCAGAACACGUGCGUGCAUGCACACACACACGUCUGCUUUUUUUAUUUUUGAAUCCCUUAAAAUCAGAUAUUUCACACACACAAGAAAUACUUGGACCAUACUGUUUUAUUGGUUCCCUAUAAGUGUCACAAAUUGCUUUCACAAAUGAAUAAAAUGAAUUUUGUCUUUAAAAAUAAGCAUUUGUGACUUUU